GGGACAGCUUCUCACUCACCAUCUCUAUAGUUUAACCAACUGGGAAACUAACUCACCUGCAAUUUCUCCAACCAAAUAACUCCCAACGUUUUGACUACUGCCAUCUGACAUGGAAACCCAGCAAAGAUACGGACAUCACUCACUUUGCCACACCUGCCGGAGAACGCAGAACAGCCGAAUGAAGGUCAAGAGGAUGUCUUCGACGAGUCGCGCGCUGCUCUUUGCACUGGCCCUGACGCUCUACGUAGUGGAAAUGGCCUCGGCGGAGACGCUGUGUGGGGGAGAACUGGUGGAUGCGCUGCAGUUUGUCUGUGAAGACAGAGGCUUUUAUUUCAGUAGGCCAACCAGCAGGGGUAACAACCGACGCCCCCAGACCCGUGGGAUUGUAGAGGAGUGUUGUUUCCGUAGCUGUGACCUCAACCUACUGGAGCAGUACUGUGCCAAACCUGCCAAGUCCGAAAGGGACGUGUCAGCCACCUCUCUACAGGUCAUACCGGUGAUGCCCGCACUAAAACAGGAAGUCCCGAAGAAGCAACAUGUGACCGUGAAGUAUUCCAAAUACGAGGUGUGGCAGAGGAAGGCGGCCCAGCGGCUCCGGAGGGGUGUCCCCGCCAUUCUGAGGGCCAGAAAGUUUAAGAGGCACGCGGAGAAGAUUAAAGCCAAGGAGCAGGCUAUCUUCCACAGGCCCCUGAUCAGCCUUCCUAGCAAGCUGCCUCCCGUGUUGCUCACCACGGACAACUUUGUCAGCCACAAAUGAGCCCGCUGCCAGCCCUUUGCACAGACAAGAGUUUUGAGGGUGAAAAAAAGACUAGGGGAUUAUAGCUUUGUCUCUGACGUCAUUUCUGUGGCAGUCCUCUUUGACCUCCCCUGCCCUGUCCGAGCUCACCAAUCCCUCCCCCUGCACAUAUCCACUACGUCUUGAACCCCUGGCCCUUUUCUAAUGCCCCCCCUUCCCCCCGAACUCCCCCCUCCCCACCAGCCCACCCUCCUCUGGCACACAGACAUGCCUUCACAUUCUUCCUGUCUGAACUCUUUCUCUCCCACUCUCUUUCAGUCACUGAUACAAAAGGCACAAACACAAAUGUCGAACAAAAAGUUAACAAUUCGGCUGAAUGCGGUUCAGGUGGAUCCUUAAGCAAAAGACAAAAAGAGAAGGGAAAAAGAAGAUGAAAGAGAUCUGUCGUUUGCAAGUGUCAAGAGGACACCUAGCGGAAUGUUUUUUGUCCUUGUGGAAGACAACUGAAAGUGAAGAGCUGCUUGCAUGAAAGAAUCCAUUCCACAUCAUUUUUCCUGAGGCGAAAAGAAAAUCUCUGUUAGUUCUUUAGUUUGCACCUCUACCUAUAAAGGGACUUCCACACUGUAAGGAAUUAUUUUAUAAAAUUAGAUUCCUGUUCCAGCACCUUUUGAUCACAAACAAAAAGCAGAAAAGAGUCUGCAAAAUUGCACAUUGCCACGGAUUACGUCAAAGUAAAGAAAAAAAUGGCACUAUUUUUUUAUGAACAAUGAACGUGUAGCUUAAAAAAAUGUCAUGGUGCUAGCUUUGGGAAUGGACUCAAAGAAGAGGUGGAAAAGCACGUUUUUUUUUCUCUUUGAAUUAAUAAUUAAAGCUUUCCGUUUUAAGGAAAGUGUGACUUUUUUUAAAUAAAAUAAAGGAUAUGGGGGAGCUCCUGGCAGUGGCAAUGUCAAGGGGGAAGAGUCACUGAGGAAAAAUAUGGGCUGUGUUGGCAUCUAGGCUCAUGGUGAGUGCUAGCGGCGGCUAUUUACUAGUUUGCCAGCAUAAGCAGCAAGGGAUGACCCGAGACCAAGUCCCUGUUCCUCCUGUCCCUCUGAGGCUGCUGGACACAUGGAGCACUAUGGGGACACAUACGGGACACCAUGGACCACCUGGAUUGGGACAGUACUAUAGUUUGGGGACAGUACUUCCUGUUUGCCAUGGCUUUGUGGACUGUUCUGGCAGGAAGUAACAUGGCAUGGACUAAGAACAAGUGGGAUAAUGAUGAUUAUAUUUUAUUUUUUGUCUUUUUUCAUAUCAAUGUUUCAAUGAAAAAAAAAAAAGGAAAACCCUGUCAGUUUCUGGUACCGUGACAUUCCUGUUUUUCCAAGUUAGGCUUUUUUUUAUUGUUAUGAUGUUAUUUUACAGUUAUAAAGAAAGGGAAAAAACAGCAAUAAUGUCAACUAACAUUUUAUUUUUAUUGUAUAUCAGUAGUAUUCACAUGCUUUUGCCUGAAAACAAAUACUUGAAACUAUAUUUAUAUAUAUACACGUCUACAUGUAUAUAUA